GCCAAGCUCUUUUCAGUGGUGGUCAGCUAUAGUACAAGGGGCAGUGGGCACAAACUAAAAUGUAAGAAGAUCCAUACCACCAUGAGGAAAAUUUUCCUUAGUUUGAGGGAUACAGAGCACUGGAAUGAGCUGCCCAGAGAGGUUGUGGAAUCUCUUUGUCUGAAGAUACUCAAAACACUCCUGGAUGCUUUCCUAUACUACUAACCUACUGUAGGAAACCUGCUUUAGCAUAGGGAUUGGACUAGAUGAUCUCCAGAGGUCCCUUCCAACCCCUAUGAUUCUGUAAUUCUGUGAUUCUGUGACUUGAAAUGGCCAUAAUCUAGGACAAGAACUCACCUAUUUCAAUGUUGUCAUAUACAAAACAAAAUAGCAGUAAAGACCAAAACAUGAGAACCAAAGUUUGUUUAGAAAGGGCCCUUGAGAAAUAAAGGUUGCAAUGCAUGGCUUGACAAUUGACCACAUUCUGUAAUUAUUUGUCAACAGGUUUUAAAUAAACAUCUCAGCUGUGAUAUAAGAUCGCAGUGAAGGUAAAAGCCGUGAAAAGCAACAGAGUUAGAUAUUUUAAUAAGCAGCAACAGAGAAAGAUGCCAACCCUGGAUGACAUUUUAGAGCACAUCGGAGAAUUUGACAGGUUCCAGAAACAAACCUUCUUUGUCCUGUGUUUGCUUUCUGCUGCCUUCACUCCGGUCUAUGUGGGUGUCGUCUUCUUCGGGUUCACCCCUGAGCACCGCUGCUUCAGCCCUGGCGUGGUGGAGCUGAGUCAGCGCUGCGGCUGGAGCCUGGCGGAGCAGCUGAACCACACCGUUCCCGAGUGGGGCAGCCAUGGGGCCGCCUUCGGCAGCCGCUGCAGCAGGUACGAGGUGUACUGGAAUGCAACGGGUGUCAGCUGCACCGACCCCCUCGGCAGCCUUGUGGGCAACCGGAGCUCCGUCCCCCUCGGCCCCUGCCGAGAUGGGUGGGUCUACGACUACCCUGGGACCUCCAUAGUGACUGAGUUUAACCUGGUGUGCAAGGACUCCUGGAAGCUGGACCUCUUUCAGUCAUCUGUGAAUGUUGGGUUCUUUAUUGGCUCCAUGAUCAUUGGCUACAUAGCAGAUAGGUUUGGCCGCAAGCUCUGCCUCUUGAUCACAAUCCUCAUCAAUUCUGUCUCAGGGGUUCUCGUGGCCUUCGCACCCAGCUACAUGUGGACAGUGAUCUUUCGGUUGAUCCAGGGGCUGGUUAGCAAGGGAGGCUGGCUGACAGGCUACGUCCUGACUGCAGAAUUUGUUGGUUUAAGCUUCCGGAGGACAGUGGGCAUCAUCUACCAGCUUGCCUUCACUGUGGGACUCCUCAUCCUCACUGCCGUGGCUUACGUGCUCCCACACUGGAGGUGGCUUCAGCUUGCUGUCACCCUGCCCAAUUUUUUCUUCCUACUCUACCAUUGGUGUCUGCCUGAGUCCCCCAGGUGGCUAAUAACUCAGAAGCAAAAUGACAAAGCUAUGGAAGUUAUUAAGCGCAUUGCCAAGGGAAACAAGAAGCAGCUACCUCCCUCCUUCCAGAACGUCAAAUCUGAAGAUGAAGAUGGAGAAAAGCUGAAACCUUCAUAUCUAGACCUGGUCAGGACACCUCAGAUAAGAAAGCACACGUUCAUUUUGAUGUACAGUUGGUUCACAAGCUCUGUCCUCUACCAAGGGCUCAUCAUGCACAUGGGACUAGCUAGUGGGAACAUUUACCUGGAUUUCCUCUAUUCCGCUCUUGUUGAGUUCCCAGCCGCCUUCAUCCUCUUGUUAACAGUGGAUCGCAUUGGCCGUCGCUACCCAUGGGCUGUGGCAAAUGUGAUGGCGGGUGGUGCCUGCCUUGUUACGGCAUUGGUCCCAGACACUUUUUAUUGGCUUAAAAUGACUGCAGCAUGCCUGGGCAGGAUGGGAAUUACCAUGUGCUAUGAAAUGGUUUGUUUGGUAAAUCCUGAGCUGUAUCCAACUUCUCUCAGGAACCUGGGGGUGCUGAUCUGCUCGUCCAUGUGUGACCUUGGUGGGAUCAUGACCCCCUUCAUUGUGUACAGACUAGCGGCGCUCUGGCACGAGCUGCCCCUGGUUGUCUUUGCCGGGAUUGCUUUUGUCGAUGGUGGCCUAGUCUUGCUCCUACCCGAGACAAAGGGAAAAACUCUGCCCGAGACCAUUGAAGAUGCUGAAAACAUGCACAGACAAGAGAGAAGCAAAGAAAAUACAAUUUAUCUUCAAAUUCUGACUUCAGAAGCUGCACUGAAGUAAGGCCCCACUUUGCUCCAGACCUGCUUUUACUGGGCAGUGGGGCCAGCAGAACAGCCCCCACCCAGCGCUGAGGAAAGAGUCCUGCAGACACAGACAGCCCUUCUCCAGCUUGCUCUCCUACUGCCAUCGGCCACAGCCACGCUAGAUGACUCUGUGGAUUUCCACUUACGGCUCUCACAGACCCUCUUCCACUGAAUUUCUCUAUUUGUCUUCCGAGUACCUUCAUACUUCCAGUGUCCCCAGGCAUCUGACAGCAGCAACUCUUGCAGCCAAGGCAGAACACUCAUGAAGGAAUGCUUUCUUCUCACUUGGCAGCUCAUUUCCAUAGGAAGCAGGAGUGUAUUUGUACUCUCAACCCACCUCCACACUGUACCUGAUUUUACAUGAAAGAAAGCACGUAGAUAGUGACCAAUUUAGUGUCACAACUGCUCCUACACCCCUGAAAAAUCUCAGUACCUGAUGCUGAGCAGGCUCAGCUCCUGCCACCCUAUAGUGAGUACCUCUGCAGAGCAUGCUCAGGGAGCCUAUGAGUAUCCACAAGAACCUCCCACUUAGUUCUCCAGAAAAAGAGGAGUAAAGUAAGUGGGGGAAAAAAUGAAAAUCUAAUUCCAGACCAGCUUUUAAGCUUUGGCAUCCCAGAAUGUGACUGGCUACGAGACAAGCUGGAAAAUGAAAAGGAAGGUAAAAAGGAGCUGCAGACAGCUGAGCCUCAGGACACGAGGUGCCAAGUGCUACUGCCCUAUCUUGAUGGAUUGGUAAUGGCGCAAGGAGAGAAGGCCUCAUCACAGACACACACUGGGAGCAGCACAAGCAAUAAUACAACACAGCACUCUGUACAAUAAAGUGAAUUCCUGUUUUAAUAUGCACUGCUUUCCUAACGCUGUGGUUUGGGCUUUUUGCAUGGCCAAGCUCCAAAAUAUCUAUAAGUGAUAUGAAUUAAGGGAAAAGAUGAGCCGCAGAUGAUCUAGCUUUCUAGGUAGACCUCUAUUUAUAGCAUGCUGAAAAAUCACCACUGUAGGGCUUUUUAAGGUUGGAAGUCCUCUCCAUAGCCCAUGGGAAUCUCAUAAAGUGGUUCACAUCACAUUUAGCAGCUUGCAUGUAUGUAGAACAUUUUGUUUUGUUUCCUCACCAGUCCCACUUCUUGCCUCCCCUCACCCUAUUUUUUGUACAAAGUUUUUGACGGGUUUCAAAUCAAUAUACCACAAUAAAAAUAACAGUUUUGACAGAUCUCUUUUGGUAUGGAACUGAGACCUCUUGCCAAUCACAGCAGGUAGACAGCUUCACUGCAUCCCCACUGUCCCUCAACCAAACUCAAGGCCAAAUUGCUCUUUGCUGACCCUGCACCAAAUGUUAGUCCUGCAGCUGCCCAGGCCAGUGUCAUCUGAGGGCCCUGCUUAGCAAGACAACAUGCUUCCCUGCUUUCAUGGCCCUCACAGCAAGACUGAACAUUAACUGCUGCUCAAGUCAGGUGAAAGCAAGGGCAAAGUUACCACACUGACAACCAGGAAGUAGUCUUGGGGCAAUUGGACACUGCCUGUGAGUCCAGCAACAUUUUUGCUCACCUGGGAGCUCUCCCUCCACUGAUGACCAUUAAGUGGCAGCAGUAUCCUUACCAGAAACCAGUGCUCCCCAACACUGCUAGGGAUCAGCAAGGCAGAAAGAGUGAAGGCAAACCACAAUACCUCAUGUCUGUUCUUCCCUGGAGCUGCAAGUGGGGUGGAAAAUGAAAAGCAGAAUCUAAUCAGGAGAGAUGAGCAAGGACUACAGUGUCACCACUGAGAGCAGAAAGGGGCACAAGGCACAAAGAAAGGCUGGAUGUGGUUGGAGACUCUG